AUGUCUUCACCUAAGAGUAGGACAGAAAUUCUUGAGGAGGAUGAAUACACGGCAGCUUUAUCUCACAUCAUCGCCCGAGAUUUCUUCCCGUCGCUCGUCCACUUGGAUGCCACUAACGACUAUCUCGAUGCUUUGCGAACGAAGGAUGCUAGCCUCAUCAAUGCUUCCCGAAGCACCCUAUGUCUAACACCCUCUGAUACCCCGUACGGACCUGGCCCAUCUGAAACCCCUGUGCCGUUGCCACGCCCUGCCAAGCGGCCACGAUACGACACAAAUAUGAGCUUGGAUACGUUUCAGGUGAAGUAUACUUCCGAGGACAACGCGAGCUUCACCCAGAUUUUGGAUGACGAAAAUAGACAACGCAAGGAAAGGUGGGGGUGGGCUUGGGAAGCUCAGAAGAGGGUGGAACAACAAAGAGAGAGGAUGUUGACGGCCAGGGAAAAAAUGUUGAUUGAACAACCACCAGUACCAGGAGUGAGGGAGAAGUUUCUUAUAGAGCAACCCAAUGUUGCUGGGUUAAUCACGUCGAGCAUGGUGGAGGAGGCCACAGAACAUGAACCAAAACAAUUAGACGAGGGAAAGGAGUCACUAGCACUGUCCGUCGCUGAACCUCAAGCAGAGGUAACUGUCGUUGAUGUGCUAGCACCGCAGAAAGAUACACGUGCUGCUGGGGUCGAUGCCUGGAAAUUUAAGACACGGAAUUCCCUCAUGUUUCCGCCUGAUGCCGAUGUCACGACAUACGAUAGGCCUGCAAGUUCAUCGGCGAAUGCUCAGCCUGAUGCUAAAGUCAUUAAACACGCUAAUACACGUCUGGAGGAACAGGAUGCUACAGAUCAACCCAAGAACUUAUCUGCACCCUCCAGUCCAACUUACAGUCGUAUCGAGGCUGCUAUCAGCGGCACGCCUUAUAGACCCAAGACCCCCCCUAACAAUUUCUCUCUUGUGUCGCAUGUACCGUCACCUUCUUCCGCGGAGAUGGGGCCGUCCGCGAUGAAGCAACUCAUGACUUGGGGAACCCUAAAUGCUACACCAAGGAUACUACCACAGUCGGAGGAUUCUACGGAUCUAAUACUUCCGCCAAAUACCUUUCAUAUAUCGGCGCCUUCAAAUCGGGAAGCUCUCUCUCACAAGUUGUCAGCGACCGCAGCGAAGAGCCUCCGGGAAAAGGCCGGGUUACGUGGUGGAUCAAUUGGACGUACGCCGUUGGCUCAUCCCGCUAGGGGAGGCAUAAAAGCUGGUACAAUGGCACCUCCGAAUUGGACGCCGCGCAAGGCGGAUGCCGCAGGUAAUCUGACACCCGCUGCCAAGCGACUGCUGGAUAGAACUACCGUGGGUACUGCAGCUACGCGACGAGCUGAUGUCACGGGCAAGAUGGCAGGGUCAGGUGGUAACAGUAGACGGAGAGAAGCGGAUCUCCAGCACGUACGGUGGACCCCAACUCCAAGUUCUAAUUCGCGGAGAUGA